UUUAAAAUAAGAGAUGUGCUUUUACUAAAAAACAUUUCAGAUUUUUUUUAAAGUUAUGCUACAUUCAUUUUUUUUUUUUUUUUUGGUCAGUAUUCAGAAACCCCUGAUUUGCUUGAAAAAUUGUUUGAAGGUACCAUUUGGGCUUUCUUUUAAUAAAUGUUUUAAUUUUUAGUAAGUUUGACAUUAUUCCUUCUCUUUAGAUUUGAUAUCAUGACUUUGGAGGAAUUGUCUUCUACCGAUGUCGAGUGUGAAUGGGCUGUUCGGAAGAAAGAUGUUGAAAAAUGCUAUGCUGUGGUUCCUCUGCAAGACUUUUGCCAUGUAGAGCAAACCACAGAUAUAGUUUAUACCAUAUCCGAUGAACAAAGGAGUCGCUUCCGUCGUUCUUUAUUAAGUGCUUGUCCUGCUUCUGCUGCUGCUUUGCACGUGAGGGGUCGACGACAUGCCAAUGCGAGCUUUGAUGUCCCAACUACAAGCUUUCAAACUGAAGAUGCCCUUAUGAAUAAGAUUCUAGCAAGAGAUUUGAUUUGGGAGGAGCAGAAGCUCGAGGCGUUGCCAGAGGAGCUUAAAUCCUACUAUAAGGAUAAUGUCCAGGUGUCUAGCCCAAAAGCCUACAACUUAGCCAAGUCCGUUCAACAGCAAAGUUCAACGUGGUUGGCAGAACGGUCUCACCGUAUUACAGGGAGUGUAUGCUAUGAACUUUACACGUACACAAAAAACAAAGCUCCGAAUUGGGAGAAAAAAAUCAAGACGAUGUUAAGCCAAGAAUUUCAAAAUACAGCAAUGGUGUAUGGUACAGAAACUGAAACUGUUGCUAAAGAACAAUAUAUGCUUAAAUGUGGUAUGACGAUAUAUAACUUUGGCUUGUUGGUUGUUCCAGCCAUUCCAUGGCUGGUUUUCAGUCCCGAUGGUAUUGCUGUCGAUGGGGACAGUGUAGUGCUGCUUGAAAUAAAGUGCCCUAUUGUUCACAUGUCUGAUGACAAGAAGAUUUUGGAUGCUGCCUGCACAUGUCCAAGGGGAAAAGGCUUGUGUCAUCACAUGGCAGCAUUGCUCAUUUAUGGUCACCAUAACAUGUCUGUCACUGACGUCCAUUGUGGAUGGAUUAAGACAGCUGCCAAAGCUGCUCAAACGACCAAAACUGUGGCUGAUCUAUUUCCCCGGGCUAGCCCAUCACCUCUUCAAUCAAGUGAAGACCAGAAGAUAGCUGCAGCAAAGGAGGUCAGGGAUGAGUUGGCCCGCAAUGAAGAAAUUGUAUCUUUCAGCUGGCUGUUAAAAGACGAACCGGAGAAGGAUUCUGGUUUAAUAGGUUAUGAAGAUUUGUUGAGAGAUUCCGACGAUGAUUUUAUUGACGAACCAAUGCAAGAGUUUCUGGAGGUUAAUGAUGAAGAUCUUAUCGGGCCAUCGACCCAAGAAUUCUAUGAGUCUAAAGAUGAUAUUAUUAGUGAGUCAACUCAAUCUUUUGUGGAGGCAUCACAAUUCUUUCACAAUCCUGCCAUCGUUUCCCCAAGUUGGUUCAGGAUUUGA